AUAUUUUGACUAAAACUUGUUUGUUUUGUUGAAUCAAACUAAAAUCUUCAAAAAUUACUAAACCAAACUUGUAAUGCUAAUAAAUGACGUAAGGGACUACGCAUGCAAUGAGAGAGCAAAAGUCAUUCUUGGCUUGCCUUAAAGAAGCAUUUUUGAAAAAGAAAUAAGCACUUCAUCUCCAUCAUUCUUAUUGUGCCUGUCUGCUUUGUGCACUUCAACAACAGUCCUUCCAUCAAAGUCCCCAUGGAAACAAAAUCCCAUGAGCAGCUUCACAUUUUCUUCUUUCCAUAUAUGGCUCAAGGCCACAGCAUACCUCUCAUAGACAUAGCCAAAAUAUUUGCUUCUCAUGGUGUAAAAUCCACCCUAAUAACCACUCCUCUCAAUGCACCACUUUUCUCAAAAGCAAUCCAAAGCAGCAAAGAAUUGGGGUUCAAAAUUGAGCUUAUUGUCAUCAGAUUCCCAACUGAAGAAGUUGGGCUGCCUCCGGGAUGUGAAAGCACUAACUUGGCUACAACCAAAGAGAUGAAGGAAAAGUUCUUCAGAGCUACCACCCUUCUCCGGCCACAGCUUGAGCAGAUUUUGGACCAACAGCGCCCUCACUGCCUCCUUGCAGAUACUUUAUUUCCUUGGGCCACAGAUGUUGCUGCCAAGUUUGGUAUUCCAAGGCUCAUAUUUCAUGGCACUGGUUUCUUCCCUUUAUGUGCUUCACUUAGUGUGAUAUUGUAUGAGCCUCACUUGAAGGUUUCAUCUGAUUCAGAAGUUUUUACUCUUCCUAAUUUCCCAGUUGAGAUCAAGCUGACAGGAAGCCAAAUACCGGCUUUUCUCAAGAAAAAGGUUGAAACAGAAUUCACCAAGUUGUUUGAAGCAUCCAAAGCCUGUGAGGAAAGGAGCUAUGGGGUUAUUGUUAACAGCUUCUAUGAACUUGAACCAGUUUAUGCAGAUCAUUAUAGGAAGGUGUUUGGGAGGAAGGCAUGGCAUAUAGGCCCGGUUUCGUUAUGUAACAAGGCAGCCUUGGAUAAAGCAGAGAUGAGGGGAAUGGAAGCCUCCCUUGAUGAACAUGAGUGCUUGAAUUGGCUUAAUUCUAAGAAACCCAAUUCAGUUGUUUACAUAUGUUUUGGAAGCAUGACCAAUUUCAGUGAUCCUCAGCUCUUUGAAAUUGCAUUGGGGCUUGAGGCAAGUGGGAGGGAAUUCAUUUGGGUUGUGAAGAAAGAAAAGAAGGAAAAGGAAGAGUGGUUGCCUGAAGGGUUUGAAAAGAGAAUGGAAGGUAAGGGACUAAUUAUAAGAGGUUGGGCUCCACAAGUGCUGAUUCUUGAGCAUGAAGCAAUUGGAGGCUUUGUGACUCACUGUGGGUGGAACUCUAUCCUUGAAGGAGUUUCCUCUGGGGUGCCAAUGAUCACAUGGCCCGUGUCCGCCGAACAAUUUUACAAUGAGAAGUUGUUGACUGAGAUACUGAGAAUUGGGGUUGCUGUUGGUGUUCAACAGUGGGCUACAUUUGUAGAUGUGAAGCAGGAAGCCAGUGUGAAGAGCGAGGCCAUAAAGAAGGCUGUGACUGAAAUCAUGGUUGGUGAUGAAGCAGAGGAAAUCAGAAGCAGAGCCAAGGCGCUUCGAGAGAUGGCAAGGAAGGCUGUUGAAGAAGGUGGUUCAUCUUUCUCAGAUUUAACUGCACUUAUUGAAGAGUUGAAGUCCCUUAGAGCUUGAAGCUUUAGCCAAACAACUAACGUUUUUGUCUGUGUGUGUUUUUGUUUUUUAUCAUUGGGAAGGAAAAGUUUCUAUUCUAAAUCUUUAGCAACAGAAUUGUGAGUAUGAUAUGUUAAUAGAAUCCUAAUGCAAAACUGGAGGCAUCUAUGCAUCGGGAAGAAGAUACAAGUCUUGGCCCUUUAAGAUUCAGGUAAAUAGAUCAUGUAUGUACAAAAAAAAUAAAACAAAUACAAACCUCCUUGUUUUGAAGGGUACAAGGAGAGGAGAUUAGAUGAUCACUACUCUUCUUCACAAGGAGCCAAAUAAGAGAGAGAACAAAACCAAAAUGUAUACAUUUCCAAAGGCUAGGUUCAAAACUGACAGAUUAAUUUAUUGUAAAUCAUUGACUACAGAAACUGAACACAUUUUUUUAAA